GUUUCGGACUGGGCAAAAUCUCCCGAUCCGCCCGGGACUCCGCCUCGCCGCGCCGAGGGGUCACACAGCGGCGGCGGCGAAGGAGGGGUCGGUCUCCGCCGUCCGUCCGCGAAAAGCAGGCGUACGCCACGGCGGCCCCGUGGCGCGCGCUUCCGCGCGUGUGUGGAGCCAGUUUCAACUCUUAGCUCGAAAUGACGAGAAACCUAGAGCCCAAGCCGGAGCCGGAUGAGCUCCGCCGCGCCGCCCUGCCGGGCUUUGGGCCCCGGGAGCACCUCCGUCCGCAGCCUCCGAAAUAUUUCAUUCCAUCACCAAGACUGUCACUCAUUGAUUGUGUUCUUCUUUUAUGUGGAUAGCAUCAUCAACAGUCCUUUCCUGUGAUAAAUAAGUCCAGUAUUAAAAGGGGUCACAUAGUUCACCCAUUUUGCUGGGUCUUCUAUAUGUGCAUUCUUCUGUCGUAGAAUGUGCUUCAGAGGAGAUACAGCGGGUGCUGUUCUGGCGAAAAAGGAGGCAAAGCCGCUCAUUCUAUAACUCCUCUACAGUCCACACAGAGUCGCAGUGCUCAAAUCUCUUGGGUGUUAUGGAUACAGUCAUGUUGAUAGUACCCACUGCUGAUGUUAGCCAAGAGGACUCCAUGGCGUCUAGCAAGGCCAUAAUGGAGCGUCAAACAGCUCGCAGGGCCCCAACCAAUAUGACACAGAUACUGGAAUCUCUAUUUGCCAGUGUCAACCUUGCUAAAGACCUCACUGUAAGGUGCAGAGGAAGAGCGCUGCAACUCACAGAUGAUGAGAUGCAAAGCAUAGCUCAUGACCUGGAGAGUGUCAUUCAGAACAUAUGUGAUCAUCUUGGCAGGAUACCAGCAUCAGCACUUGGCAACAAUGCUUACACUGACGUGGCAAUGAAGUCAAAUUCAAGGAGGGGCUACACUGAUGUUGCUAUGUCCAUGAAUGCAGUGACCGACAUACCCAAUAGGAGGUCUGUCUACGAGAGUGACAUGCCGAGGCUGGUGGACUUUCUGCAGGGAAUGUACCAUGAAUCACAUGAAUUUGGCGGGCAGACGUUUAACUCUCUCCCAGAGGUCACGGAAUAUGUUGAGCCUGUAUAUGAUGGAUUCUUCUGUCCACUGACAAAAGAGGUGAUGACUGAUCCUGUGAUGACAGAAGGCGGUGUGACAUAUGACAGGAGAGCCAUAGAGGAGCAUUUUGAGAGGUCUGCAGACAGUUUGGAACCUGUCUGCUGCCCUGUCACAAAAGCUCCAUUGCAGAGUAAGGCAGUGAUGAGUAAUGCUUCCCUGAAGAGUGUGAUUGCAGAAUGGGAAAUGAGGAAUGAGGCAAUGCGGAUUAGAGUUGCGCGAACUGCGCUCUCUUUGUCGACUAGUGAGGCUAUGGUGCUCGAGGCCAUACAUGAGCUGAAAUCGCUGGCCAAGCUGAGGGGGAAGAACAAGGAGCUGAUGCAUAAAAUUGGUGUCACCAAGGUCCUAUCACGUUUGUUGGACAACCACAAUGAACAGAUUCGGCUUGACACAUUGGAGCUUUUGUCCUUGUUAGUUAAGGAUGAAGAAGGAAGGGAAAUCGUUGGAAAAACCAAGGCCAUUGCCAGGACAGUUAAGCUACUGUCAAGUAGUACUAUUGAUGAAAGGCACGCGGCUGUCUCUUUCUUGCUAGAGCUUUCAGAGUCUCAGUUAUUGCUGGAGAAUAUUGGGUCAACUGCUGGAAGUAUUCUGAUUCUCACCGCAAUGAAGAUUAAUGAUUCUGAUGAUCCAGUUGCUGCUGAGAAAUCUGGAGCAGUCCUCAAGAACCUGGAAAAGUGUCCAAAGAACAUCAAGUACAUGGCCGAAAGUGGCUACCUAGGACCCCUUUGGAGUCAUCUUGUUGAAGGUCCAGAAGAGGUGCAGAUGGAGAUGAUCAGCUACCUAAGCGAGUUGGUCCUAUACCAGGAAGUCACCAUUGAAAUCACCGAGAGCACGUCGGGCGUCCUCAUCAAGAUGGUGCGCAGUUGCAACACGGUGGUCCAUAAGGCAGCACUCGAUGUGCUGGUCCAGCUUUCCUCGCACCACCCCAACAGCAAGGUGCUCGUUGAGGCAGGUGCUGUCCUGGUCAUGGUCGAGGAGCUUUUCAUAAGGAAGAUAGAUGACGAACCCGAGAGCUACAAGGCCAAGGCUGCCACCGCCCUAGCCAACAUUGUUGAGUCCGGCAUUGAUCCAGACACCACCGUGGUGAACAAGGAAGGCCACGUCCUCACGUCCAAGUAUUGCAUCUAUAACUUUGUGUGCAUGCUCAAGUGCUUCGUACCCGACGACUUCAACCUCAGCAUCAUCCGCCUACUACUCGCGCUCACCGCAUUCGCCAAGCCCCUGGAUGUCAUGGUCUCAGUCGUCAGGGAGAACCACCGCGGCCAUGCCAUUGUGGAGCUCAUGAGCUCCCCAAUGGAGGCGCUUAGCAUUGCUGCGACGAGGCUGCUCAUUACUCUGUCUGCGCACAUUGGCCACACCAUCGCCGAGAGGCUCUGCAAGACGCAGGGGCAGCCGGGCAGGCUAGUCAGAAGCAUCAGCCACGCCAGGCAAAUCACCGAGCGGCAUGCUGCUUCGGUGACACUCCUCUCAAGGCUACCACACCGAAACAUCUCGCUCAACCUUGCACUGGUGCAGGAGGGCGCCGUGGCGGUUCUACUGAGCGGGAUAGAAGAGAUGCAGAGCAGCGCAAAGAGAAGGAGCAGGUACGCGGUACAGUACAUGGAGGGUCUGGUGGGCUCGCUGGUGCGGCUCACCGCGACGCUGUACAACCCGACCGUUCUGAAGGAAGUGAUGGACCACAGCUUGGCCUCAGUGCUGACUGAACUCCUCGCCGGAGCUGCCGGAAGCGCUGAGGUGCAGCGGCUCGCCGCCGUGGGGCUAGAAAACCUCAGCUACCAGUCCAUCAAGCUGUCGCAGAUGCUGCCGGAGGAGGGCCCACGGCCAAAGAAGAAAACAAUGCUGAAGCGCCUAAUGACCACAAGGGCGCAAGGCAACAAGACCCUCCAACACCAACAACCCGUCUGCCCGGUGCACCGGGGAGUCUGCUCCACGGUGACGUCCUUCUGCCUCCUCGAGGCCGGCACCGUCGAGGGCCUCCUUGGCAGUCUCGAGAGCGACAGCCCCCGGGUCGUGGAGGCCGCGCUGGGAGCGCUGUGCACGCUCGUCGACGACCGGGUGGACGUGGAGAGGAGCGUGGCCGUCCUCGCGGAGCUGGACGCCCCUCGGCGCGUGCUCGGGGCGCUGAGGCAGCACAGGGAGAACGUGCUGUGGCAGAAGUGCUUCUGCAUGGUGGACAAGUUCCUGGCGCACGGCGACGACCGGUGCGUGAGGGAGGUGACCGGGGACAGGGUGCUGCCGGCGGCGCUGGUGAGCGCCUUCCACAAGGGCGACGCCGGCGUCAAGCAGGCCGCCGAGGGCAUCCUCACGCGGCUGCACAGGAUGCCCGAUUACUCGGCGACCUAUAUGUCCGUGGAGAUUUAGAGACUCCUUGUCACACGUACUGCUGGUGAUCCAUUAAAACAGAAGCAUGUUGUAUACUUACGGUGUUUAAUUGCUCGUUUCAUUUCCAUCACUGUGAAUUUGUGAACCUCUGGUUCUUGUAUAUAUGCACAUGUGAAUCAGACGAGCGAGUUUUUUGUGAAGUGGGGCUGAGCUGCUCACUACCAUGCCAUCCUGUGUGAUGAUGCAUAACAAAAUCACUAAAGCAGAAUCCAUUCUAAUUUC